AGUAUCCAAUUGGUGUACCAGUGAGGUGAUCGCACAAUCUCAGCCACUUCGUUUGGUACUGCUACUCCAUUUUAGUUCGUUCUCUGACGACACCCACCCAGAUCUACACGAAAGCUGCAGCUCUCUUGACUCGAGUGAGUCCACACAAGCUUUGUCCGGUUUGUCAAGGGAAGCCUCCUUCUUCACCGCAUUGUAUUUGAGCGUUUCAACAACUGUCCAGUUCGUUCGCUUUGACUUCGUUCGUCCUCUGCGUCGAGAAGGCUUCCCCGAACUCCAUCUUCGGUACCUUACACCAGCAUGGCAGCACUGCAUGGCCAUAGCAUGUCUGAAUCUGGCAUCUGCCGGGAUUACAUCACAGGUCUUUACAGUGAACCACCUCGAAGGCCUCCUCCGUCACCCCCAACCUCAUCUCACACAUUCGGACAUGCACGAGGGACAUCACUUCCACCUUUGGUGAUCCCGAACAAUGGAUCGCCAACACCGAGACCCCUUUCUGUGUUCCGGCCCCAGGAAGCGUCCACUGCCGCGUUUUUGAACUUUUCAUUCCCACGGCCUGUUGCCUGCAGAAAGACAUCAAGCAUUGACACCACCACAUCCAAGUCAACAAAUCUUUCGAUACCAAACACAAAGUCAACACAUAACGAAAACAAAUUUCUCUCGCCAAGCGCUUGCUUGGUACCUCCACCUCCUCCAAAAUCACCACGACGACCCUCGAUGUCCGCGUCAGACCAAAUAUCCCUUCCUCUACCAACACCAACACGACCUCUAUCAUGCGGAUCAGACCCAUCACGAUCACGGCCCUUAUCAUCAGGAUCCGACCAGGUCCCAGAACUAGAACCAGACGUUCACAAUGACGACGUCAGCAGUCUCUCCGACGCAGACGAAACACCUCCACCACCCACCUACGCGCCGCCCUCACCACCUUCACCACCACCCCGAUCACCGCUCCGUCCUUUGUCUAUGGAGUCCUCCCACUCAAUAUCACCCCAACUCCUACCCCCCUCACCAAAAGCCCAACUCCGCCGCUCCCACUUUUAUCCCGGCAAACGCAACCCGCCAGCACGCAUCAACUUCCGCCUCUCCCAGGGUUACUACCACAAGAGCAGCAAGAGCACACCCAACCUCCGACGACAGUCAGAUGGCUCUUCAGGGUCGGGAGACAGCGACAUGACUACCACCUCUGGCGAAAGGCAACCAAAAACUUACAACCUCGACGCCCUAAACCGCUUAAUGAGCCCUUCCGACCUAGACCUGGACAACCCCACAGCUCGCGAAUGCGGGAAAGCAGAAGCCGACGCUUUCUCGGAGCUGAUUGGGAUUAUCGAUCGAUAUAACGCCAAGGAGGGGGGUCCGCCGCCUGUGCCGGAACGGUUGCUGAGACGGGUGUCGUCGUUGAAUGUGAGGGUGGCGACGCCGGUUAUUGAUCCGGUGGAGGAGCAGAGGGAGCUGGGGGAGAAGGGGUUGAGGAAGUUGAGUCCGACGGAGUAUAUGGCGGAGGUGGAGGGGGUUUGGGGGAGUUAUUUUGAUGAGGACACUCCCGUUUGAGAGGGGAGGCUGUGGUCAGGGGAAAGAAAAUCAGGGGCAGGAGGUAUGAGGAAUGCUGGGCAGGGACUUUGGAUAGUGACAUGGAUGGAGUUGGUACUUUGGGGAUUUUAUGCAUAUGAUACCAAUUGGCUAAUGAUAAUGUACAGAAGAAUACAGUCAUCGUUCUUCACCCCCCCUUCCCU